GGCCCCCAGGCCAGCCUCCUCACUCGCCUCUUCCUCCUUCACCACCUGCCCGGCUCAGCAGCUGCCCAGUUGCCUCAGCCCUGCAACCAUGCCCCGCGGUCUCCUGUGGCUGGGCCUCACCCUACUGGGGGCCCUGCAGACCCAGGCCCGGGACUCCACCCCAAACCUGAUCCCCGCCCCACCUCUGUCCAGGGUCCCGCUGCAGCCAAACUUCCAAGAUGACCAGUUCCAGGGGAAGUGGUACGUCGUGGGCCUGGCAGGGAAUGCCAUUUCAAAGGAAGACAAAGAGUUUAAGAUGUACACCACCAACUACGAGCUGAAAGAAGACCGCAGCUACAAUGUCACCUCCACCCUGCUCAGGAACCAGCGCUGCGACUACUUUGUCAGAACUUUUGUCCAAACUUCCAAGCCCGGCCAGUUCAGCCUGGGCAACAUUAAGGCUUACCCUCAACUGCAGAGCUACACCGUGCGAGUGGCGGCCACCGACUACAACCAGUUCCGUCUCGUGGCCUCUGCGGCGCCCGAGCCCGCGAUGUCGGGCCCCAAUAUGGGAAUGCCGGUGCGACCGUUGCUUUUCCGGGUACCCUUUGUCAAAUCCCUGGGCCUCACCGAUGACAACAUCGUCUUCCCUGUCCCAAUCGACAAGUGCAUCGAUGACCAGUGAGCAGGUGGUGAGUAUGGACGGGGAGGGGGCUGAUGGGAGCCAGAGGGCAGGGGCCUGCUGCUCCCCUACCCGGCAUUGUCGCCAUUGUGACUCCCCUGCGUGCCUCUCAGAUGCCUCCUCUUCCUCCUUCCCGUUGCCUUCAUAUCCGCCUCCGCCCAAGGUGCCACCCAGCUGCCCCCACGAGCCGGACGCCACUGAGAGCCAGGAUCCUCUCACAGUGCGGCCCAGCGCUGCUCCCAGGCCACCCUGCUGAUGGAGUUGCUCCUUGACUGCUAAAUAAACACAUGCCACAGCC